AUGGAUGAGGAUGUUUGUGCAUAUAUGUGCUCAUACGAACACACACCAACACAUCGUCCACGAACCAACAACGUCCACCAUCCGACGACAACGAAUCCCCCAAAAUCCGAAAAUUCCGCUUUCCUUUCAUCACAUUCCGCUAAAAUGACUCUCUUCACGCAAACGUACGCCAUACUGGAUGCGGACGAUUCAUUUACCAGAUAUUUUGCCGCCAGCAUUGAAUCGGUGUCGGCAGGAUGA